AGGAAUAAGGGCUCAAUAAGGACACUAAAAGCCUCAGAGCCUCCUCUUUUUCCUUCUCUGCUAAAACCUCUCUUAACCUCUCUUUUCAACUUUUCAAUACAAAAAGCAAUAAAUUUUAAAAGAAAAAAAGGUUUCUCUUUUUUUUUCCUUCUUUUCUCUCUCUCUCUCUGCAAUUUUGCAUUCUAAGUGUUGGAAAUUCAAUUUAAGUUGAUUUAAUGGCGACAAAGGCAGCCGGGAAAUUGUUUAGAGAUUUCUUGCGUAAAAGGGUAAUUUCAACUUCCGUUGGAGCUUACCGACAUUGCUCUUCCGCUGCUACUUCUGCUCCUAAAAUCCCUCAUUCUUCCAAAAAAGGGAGGUUGUUGACAGGAGCCACCAUAGGCUUAAUUAUUGCAGGAGGAGCUUAUGUUAGUACUGUUGAUGAAGCAACUUUCUGUGGUUGGCUAUUCUCUGCAACAAAACUUGUAAAUCCAUUCUUUGCGCUUUUGGAUGCGGAGGUUGCCCAUACACUAGCUGUUUCAGCUGCUGCUCGUGGUUGGGUUCCCAGGGAGAAGAGGCCUGAUCCACCGAUUUUGGGAUUAGAAGUUUGGGGAAGGAAGUUCUCAAACCCUAUAGGUCUUUCUGCUGGCUUUGAUAAAAAUGCAGAAGCUGUUGAAGGCUUACUGGGUAUGGGUUUUGGCUUUGUGGAAGUUGGUUCAGUAACCCCUGUUCCACAAGACGGUAACCCAAAGCCACGCAUCUUUAGAUUGCGACAAGAAGGUGCUAUCAUCAACCGGUGUGGGUUCAACAGUGAAGGAAUUGUUGCUGUUGCAAAGCGAUUGGGUGCCCAGCAUGGUAAGAGGAAGUUGGAGACUUCAAGCUCUUCAUCACCCUCCAGUGAUGAAGCCAACCAUGGGGGCAAAGCUGGUCCUGGAAUUCUAGGGGUCAAUCUUGGAAAGAAUAAGACAAGUGAUGAUGCUGCUGCCGAUUAUGUUCAAGGAGUUCACACAUUAUCCCAGUAUGCUGAUUACUUGGUUAUUAAUGUUUCGUCACCAAACACUCCUGGAUUGCGUAUGCUUCAGGGAAGGAAACAGCUGAAGGAUCUUGUUAAGAAGGUUCAAGCUGCUCGUGAUGAAAUGCAAUGGGGAGAGGAGGGUCCUCCUCCAUUGCUUGUUAAAAUUGCUCCAGACUUAUCUAAAGAAGACCUUGAGGAUAUAGCAGCAGUUGCUCUUGCCCUCCGCUUGGAUGGAUUGAUUAUAUCAAACACAACCAUUUCAAGACCAGAUCCUGUAAAUAACAAUCCAGUCUCUGCGGAAUCUGGUGGCUUAAGCGGGAAGCCUCUCUUUAAUUUGUCAACCAAUGUCUUAAAGGAAAUGUAUAUUCUAACAAGGGGAAAGAUCCCAUUAAUAGGCUGUGGUGGUAUCAGCAGUGGUGAGGAUGCAUACAAUAAAAUAAGGGCUGGAGCAACUCUCGUUCAGCUUUAUACUGCAUUUGCAUAUGGAGGCCCUGCCUUAAUUCCUCAAAUGAAGGCUGAACUUGCUGAGUGCCUAGAGAGGGAUGGUUUCAAAUCUAUCCAUGAAGCUGUUGGUGCUAAUUGCAGAUAGUAUUAGUGCCUACCUUGCACCCAGAACUUCCCCAUAAAAUAGCUGUGUUUUAAUCUUUUGUCCUGUGCUUAUCCUACAUUAUCACUUUUGCUUGGCUCUAAUUUUUCUUAUCAUUUUCCAUUAAUUAACCUGCCCCCUUCUAUGAGUUUGAGAGGAUUUACAUGUACAAUAUGAGAACAAUUUUGAUACAUUGUAGUUGCAUAAAAUAUCAAUUUCUGUGAAUAUUCAGGGCAAACAUGCCUUGCUUCAAUAAAAUUUUUGUUUGGUA